AUGUUUCAGUAUGCAGUCAAGCAGGCAACAAGGGAUCUGUGGGACGAGGCCAAGGUGUACGUGCGCAACCUUCCCUACGACGUUAGCAGCGAGCGCCUCGUGCAGCUCUUCGAGCAGGACGGCGUCAUCGAGGUCACCGUGUCGAUAUGUGGUAUCGGUGACAGAAGGUGCAUCACACGCUUGGGUAUUUUCUUCCGCACGAGUUUUGAGAAUGCCAAAGUGGUCACUGCGGUGGAUUGUAUUAUGUCACUGGUAUGUGAUAAGAAUUGGGAACAUUAUUCUUUUGCCACCCAGGAUUCGGAGCUCCGUGAAAAGCUAUGGGAGGUUCCUGGUGUUCCUGUGAUAUAUGGUCUGAAGAACUCCUUGUUCAUUGAGCAACCAUUCGUUCAGCAAAGUCAGUUUGCUCAGUUGGAUGAGAAGUGCAACUUAUUGAAAAAUCCGAAUUUAAGAAGCUACCCAUGA